CUCAAAAUACUGAAUAUGUUAUUGGUUGUUUACUUGGUAGAUUUUAUUCCGAUUUUAUUUUGAGAAUAGAAACAAAAAAGAAUAAUGGAAUAGAAAAUAGACUUAGUAUUAUUAUUCCAUUAGUAAUGAUGUUUAUUGGUGGUAUAUGCUUUACUAUAAUAGGUAGUUUAGUAUCAAGUUAUUUGAUAAAUUCAUUCUCUUCAAAAAGUGUAUCAGUGAUUGCUAUUUUAAAUUUUGUAAAAAUAGCAUUUUCAUCAAUUAUAACCCUAACAGCUGCUAAAAUGCAAGAUACAUUAGAAAUUGUUUUAAUGUUUACUUUACUAUCAGUACUUGUUACGUUAGGAUGUAGAUGUUUGGUAUUAGUUUUUAUCAAAGAAAAAAGAAAAGACAAUUUGGAUGAAUUUAAUGAAUGUAUUCUAGAACAAAAUGAAAGAAAUCGUCAAAUAAGAUAUAGUGUAGUUCCUCAAUAA